AUGGAAUCAGGCAAUAAUACACAAAUUUCAGGAUUUCUUCUUCUGGGAUUUUCAGAGAGACCAGAAUUGCAGCUCCUCAUAUUUGGGCUUUUCCUCACUAUGUACCUGAUUACUGUGUGUGGAAAUCUGCUCAUCAUCUUGGCUGUCACUUCGGACUCCCUCCUCCACACACCCAUGUACUUCUUCCUCUGCAACCUGUCCUUCGUAGAUAUCUGCUUCACCUCCACCACCAUCCCGAAGAUGCUGCGGAACAUCCAGACACAAAGCAAAGUCAUAACCUAUGAGGGCUGCAUCACACAGAUCUAUUUUCUCAUACUCUUUGCAGUGUUGGACAUCUUUCUCCUAACAGUGAUGGCCUAUGACCGGUUUGUGGCCAUCUGCCACCCCCUGCACUACACAAUCAUCAUGAACCACCGGCUCUGUGGACUGAUGAUUCUGGUGUCCUGGAUCGUGUGUAUCCUGAAUUCCUUAUUACAAAGCUUAACAGCAUUGCGGCUUUCCUUCUGUACCAACUUGGAAAUCCCCCACUUUUUCUGUGAACUUAAUCAGGUGGUCCAACUUGCCUCUUCUGACACCUUUCUUAACAACGUGGUGAUGUAUUUUGCAGCCAUCCUGCUGGGUGGGGGUCCUUUUGCUGGUAUCCUUUACUCUUACUCCAAGAUAGUUUCCUGCAUACGUGGAAUCUCGUCAGCUCAGGGGAAGUACAAAGCCUUUUCCACCUGUGUGUCUCACCUCUCUGUUGUCUCCUUAUUUUAUUGUACAGUCCUAGGAGUGUACCUCAGCUCUGCUGCCACCCACAGCUCACACUCCAGUGCCACAGCCUCAGUGAUGUACACUGUGCUCACACCCAUGCUGAACCCCUUCCUCUACAGCCUGAGGAACAAAGACAUGAAGAGGGCUCUGAAAUCAUUCUUUGAGAUGGUAGCUAUAAAAGGAAUAAUUCUCCUGGGUCAGAAGAAGUAUCCUUGA